CAAGCUGGGACGCAUCCUUUUUCGCGAUCGUCCUCCCGUGUGUGCGUGUGCGUGUGCGUGUGUGUGCGCUCUCCUGUCUUUUUGCCCACGCUCAACUCCCAAACCGGACCACUCCAGAACGCGGCUGCGCGCGCACAAGGGACGCUCGUCUCGACCAUGCACGCCGACAACUACCAGAGGACACUAAACACACCGUGCAGACACUUCGACUGAGAAACAACAACAACAACAACAACAAACUAUAUUCAUCAACUGGUGAGUCAUUGCAGCGAGUGCGUAAACAAUCCCGAGUGGGGGGGUCCCACGCAGCUGCACCAUGAGGCUGGGAAGCAUCAUUCUCUCCGCGGCUCUCUGCGCCUUCACCGCCUAUUAUGUUUAUGAGCCCAUUCCUGAGGACAUCGAGGAGAGAUGGAAACUCAUGUUGACCGACGCUUUCUUCAGAAGUCUCAGCCACUUGGCGGACUUCAGCGAGUUAGUAGGACUGAAGGACUACAUGGGCGUAAUGUACGUCAUCACUCUGAUCGAAAACGUCGUGCCUGUUUCCGAUGAACAUGUCAUGGUGACCAUGGAGAAUUUUGACGGUGUGGAGGUGGUGCUGUACCAGCCCAAGCAGCAAAGUGGCGACGACACAGAACCCAGGAGAGCAGUCAUAUACCUGCACGGUGGAGGAUGGUGUUUGGGGAGCUCGCGCAUGGGUCCAUAUGACAUGCUCGCCAGAAAAAUGACAAUUGAGCUGAAUGCAGUGAUAGUCUCUGUAGAGUACCGCCUUGCUCCUGCUCACCACUUCCCGGUCCCAUAUGAGGAUGUUUACCGUGUUGUGAAACACUUUUUCCAGAUGGGGGUGCUUGCCCAGUUUUCUGUGGACCCGGGACGUAUUGCAAUAUCUGGAGACAGUGCUGGGGGAAACCUGGCAGCUGCUGUCUCCCAGCAAUUGCUGAAGGACCCCACACAACAGGUUCAUUUGAAAGCCCAAGCACUCAUCUACCCUGUGCUCCAGGCUUUGGACCUCAACACACCUUCUUACCAACAAAACCAAGACAUGCCCAUAUUACCGCGCACCCUCAUGGUACGAUUCUGGAGCGAGUACUUCACCAGCGACAAAGCCUUUUUCAGAGCCAUGAUGGCCAACACGCACAACAAUCCAGAGUCUUCCAGCCUGCUGAAGUUUGUCAAUUGGAGCGCCUUCCUGCCUGAGGCUUAUCGCAGAAAAUAUAACUACAGCGCCCCCACUGUGGUGCAUGGGGAGGCAGAGCAGGAGUUUGGAACAAGCGAACCGUCUCGUUCUUUAGCUGACCCCAGGGCGUCCCCACUGCUGGUUCCAGACACAGCCUUGCACUCUCUGCCUAAAGCCUACAUUCUCACAUGUGAGUACGACGUUCUCCGAGAUGACGGGAUCAUGUAUGUCACGCGUCUUCGCACGGCGGGUGUCGCGGUGACUCACGAACAUUACGACGCGGGAUUUCACGGUGCGCUGAUGUUCACCGUGUGGCCCACCGACUUUCUCCUUGCUCGCCGCAUGACGGACAACUACGUGAAAUGGCUAAAGGAAAACUUGUGAAAUAACUUGAAUUAACCCAGUUGCUCCAUUGUUUUAUUGGGUGCAAAAUGCUACCAAUUUGGCAGUAAUAUUAUUAUUUUAUUUUUUACUAAUGCUUAUUUUAUCUGUAAAUACAGUAGCACAUCAUGAAA